ACCAGCAGAGGAUGCUUUUUCUCUUGACGUUAAUCCUAUAAGCUAUCCUGAUGAUUAUACAUUAAAACAAUUAUUUUUACUUGCUAGACACGGAUCGAGAUUACCGAAUUUAGACCAAAUUGCAGGUUUUGACAGAAUUGAUAAAGCAUUUGCGAAUGUUUCUGUAGCAAAAGAUUGGCCUAAACAUCCUUUUACCGAAGAAAAAAAUUUUCGAUUAACUACAAGAGGUAAACUUGAACCUUAUUAUCUUGGUUUACAAUCUCUUAAAAAAUACGAAAAAUUUUGGAAAAGUGUCGAAUACGAUGCUGAUAUUGUAAAAUUUCAAACUGUUAGUGCUUUUUGCCCCAAAAAAUUAGAAGUAUUACAAAUUGUGAUAGCUGAAACUAAGAUUGUUGAAGUUGGGAUUUAA